CCAUCUUCACUGCAGCAGCCAGCAUCCACAGUUUCCACUGAAUCCGGCUUCGAGUCUUCGCUCCAACUAGAACUAUGAAGGCAUACGCAUGUAUCGUUAUGGUAGCAGUCCUGGCCACCGCAAUGGCUGAAUGGUCGCCGUCUCUUUCGUCCGGGCAUAAUGGCGCAGGCUACGGUCGCCGUACCAGUUACAACUACGGACUGGGUAAUGCUCGUGUCGGUUACGGAACUCCAAGUUACGGAACAAGCACUUACGGUUCCUCGGGUUAUGGAGCUAGCAGCUACGGAGUUCCAAGCUACGGAGCAACCAGCUACGGAUCCCCAAGCUACGGAGCAACCAGCUACGGAAGAUUACACACGCUACGGAGCAACCAGCUACGGAUCCCGCACGCUCACGGAGGCAACCAACCGCUACGGAUCCGACGCUACGGGAGCAACCAGCUACGGCUCCACCUAGCGGAGAACCUAAGCUACGGAGCAACCAGCUACGGAUCACCUAGCUACGGUACCAGGAGUUACGGUUCCCCAAGCUACGGUACAAGCACCUAUGGUUCCCCAAGCUACGGUACAACCAGCUACGGGUCCCCAAGCUACGGCAGCAACAGCUACGGUGUUAGGAGUUACGGAUCACCUAGCUACGGCAGCAGCAGCUACGGAACUGCAGGUUACGGCACACGUGGGCAUGGCGUCGGAUCCCGCACCACGUACGGAUACAGGCCUAGCACAUACAACCACUAAGGUGCACGACCGACUUCUGAUGACCAACGAACUAACGAAUGCAAUCAUUUUUCUUUUCGAUGCGUAAAUUGAGUCGUUGACUCGAAAGACUUUCGUUAAUAAUCUAUUACUUCAUUAGAGUAAUUAGCCACCGGUCAGCAAAAUGAAACGUGUAAGGACAUGCAUGCAAAUACUUCUUGUUUGUGUGACUCUAGAAGUGGGGUCAUACCAUAACGCCUAUUCUCAGACUGUUGAAAAUAUACUAUUAAUUUUGUCACACAUAAACA